UGACUGAUUGCACUAUUUCCUGAACCACUCAAUAUUGCAUUUAUCUAAAAUCUAAGCAUCUAUUUAUGCAUCAAGCUAAAGGCUUUAUUAAAAUAAAAUCUAAAAUAAAUAUCGUUAUGACCACAAUUUUCACUGCUACUAAAAAGAAAUGGGUUAUAAAAUGAAUCGGAAUUGAUCGGGUGAACUCAAGUUUGAACUUCACUUACUCGUUCCUUACAAUUUUAAAAUUUCUGGCGAUGUCGGUACCUUUUAAGGAAGUGAGGGUGGAAAUGUCUGACGGCAAAGUUUACGCUGUACCGGAAAAUCUUUUGAUGGAUUUUUUGGAAGUGAAUAAGGAUAGUGUGAAGGAAGUUAAGGAGAGAUUCUCUUGGAGGAAACGGCCAGCAUCUCCUCCACCACCACCAAAGUCAAGACAAGUUCGACACCAGGAUAGAAAUCAGACCAGGAUCACCCAUUUUAUACUGAUGGACAUCAAUAAUCCACUCCCGACGUUCGCUCUCAUCUCGACAGUAAAGCACACCCCUCAACAUCAAUUUUCGUUGAAAAAUUUGACUCCCUUUAUGUGGAAAACUUACUGGUUGGCAGAGGCGAAUUAUGUUGAUGACAGGGCUGCAGCAGGAACACCUUGUAAAUGGUCACAAGUCAAGAAAUGGGUGGUGGAGUUGAACAAGUCAACUCGUUUUGAGCACACGCUCCGUUCCUUUUUCGCCAUCGCCUGCGCCAUGAACAACGCGGAACGAGAGAAAGAUGAGAUGACCAAAGUCCGAGCUUUUAUCAAAGAUGCAAUAUUCUGUACGGAAACAGAUUGGGAUGUCGUCCGGCAAAUGCUCAACAGCGUUGGAAUGGAAAUCAGCAUGGGUGGACCCUCUCAACUUGGCCAACAAGAAGAAUCUCCAUUUCUCAGAAUUUCUGAUUUGAGGCGUAACAUAAAUGACAUGUGGAAUUACCUUAAAUUCGGAUCACCUGGAAAUUUGUAUGGAGGAAAAGUUCAACAAUCUAGCAGUCAACUACCCCCUUUGACGUCUUUCAUUUCAACACAACACCCUGUUGACGAACGAGGAAUCCCAGUUUUCCAGAAAAUUGAUGGAACCCCUGAAGAGGUCAAGUCAGAGACGGAAAUGGGAGAAAGAGUUUUGCAAAUGGCAAUAAUUCUUGCAAAAAUGUUGAACGGAAACGUUGACGGAGUUAAUAUUCAGAUUGGAUUCAAGAAGUUUGAGAAUUUGUCGGAUUGGGAACCACGUCACAAGGAAAUGUUGGAGGCAUACUUUGGGUGGAUUACUGGACGAGAUUUGGAGAUAGAAGUUCCUUGGGAAAUUUUAGUUGAAUCCAUCAACUGGGGGCCGCUUGAAAGUUUAUGUUAAAACCUACAUUAUUUACUACAUUAUUGUUAAUUUUCUAUACUGAUUAAAAAUUUAUUGCUUCUCCGUCAACCCUACUAAAUAAAAGUUAAAUCUUAUGUAAUUAAGAAAUAAACAAUGAAAAUAUGUAUAAUUUUAUGGAAGAAUUGGUCUUUUAUUGCAUAGGCAUAGAUCGACUCAGAAUGAUAAUUAGUAUUAGUUAAUUAGUAUUACAUAAAAAAUUUACUUUUUCUGUAGAACCGAACUUUGCGA